AAAAAAAGCAGCAACAAAACUUUAAAAAAAAUGUCAUCGGUGGUACUUGAUCUAUUUAUGGAGGACGAAGACGAGGAGGAGGAAGUGGAGGAGAGGAAAUACCUGAUGGAAGAGGAAGAGGAGGAGAUGGAGGAGGAGGAUCAAGAAAGAAGAGGAGAAGGAGGAGGAGAAUUACUAAGAGGAGGGAAUGCGUCAAGAGUCCUGUACGAAGAGGAGGAGGAAGUGAUAACAAGAGGAGGAGGAGGAAGAGGAGGAGUAAGAGGCAUAAACACCAUAACCACCUCUUCCUUUCCUCAUUACACUUCCUCCUUCUCCUCCUCCUCCUGUUUUUCCUCCUGGCUGGCUCCUCCCACCUCUCCUCUCCCGCUCUUCUCCAAUCUACUCCAAGAGCCCACUAAGCCAUCAACACAGCCCUCCUCCCCCUCCUCCUCCACCAGCAUGCCAGACAACCCAGCAAUCACCCUUCCAGCUGAUCCAUUCUCUCAGGAACUGUUUUCAGAGCUGGACAUGAUGGAUUUUCCCCAAGGAGAUGUGUCCGAGUCCAGCAGUGACGAUGACCUCAUCCACAAACUCUCCAACGACCUUGAGCUUCCCUUGGCCCUGGAUGACAUGGAGCCAGUGCCGCCGUGGCCCUGUCAGCCCGGGGACGUCUUCCAGGCACUGGCCACUGGGAACACCUCCGCCAUGUCCCCGGCCUCCUCCUCCUCUUCAUCCUCGUCUUGUAACUCAAAUUCCUUCAAGUAUGAUGGUGAUAUGACAGCGGAGGAGAUGCUGACGCGCACACUCUACCCUAACCUGGUGGCGAGCCCCGGGCCUGAGCUGCGGGGGAUGGAACCGGAGAGUCUGGUGAAGGAGGAGCCGGCCUCUCCGCAACACAUCGUGCAGCUGCCGCCCUCCCCCGACGACACCAAAGACAUCUGGGACCUGCUGUGUGGGGGCGACGUCAAGCCCAACGUCAAGGUGCUGGACACUCCCCCAAUCACCCCACCCCAGAGUGAGGCCUCCCCCCCACACAGCCCCCAGCCCCCUUCCCCUGUGGCCAUGGUGUUGGGUCAGCACCAUCACCCCCUGCAGCAGCACCAACAGAAGCCCUUGGUCAGCAGUAGUAGUGGAUCUGGCAACCAUCUCUCUCAGCCCAUCAAAGUCGUCACCAUCACAACGCGGAAUGGAGGGUCAGGACCUGGGCCAACAAAGGGUGGGCGUGUCACCAAAACCAUGAAAAUUCAGCCCAAGGUGAUGAGCCCGUCUUCUGUGCAGACACCCCAGCCACAGGUCAUCAGUAUUGUCAACUCCUCCUCUGUGCCCAAGCUGACCCUGCCCAAGACUGCUGUGACGAGAACCCUCCCAGCAGCCAGCCCCAGAGUAGUGCAGGUGAAGACCCCCGUCAGCCAGCCCCCCGCCAGCACCUCCCCCAUCACCAGCCCGCUCCCCUCCAUCAUCACUGCAGUCAGCAGUCCAGUAUCAGUGACGACAACUGCACCGCCUUCAGCCCCCCUGGCCCCCCUGGCGCCAGCUCUCACCCCGGGCAUGAAGCAGGGCAGCAUACCCGAUCUCAAGGCAUUCAAGAGACAGCAGAGGAUGAUCAAGAACCGGGAGUCUGCCAGCCUCUCCCGGAAGAAGAAGAAGGAGUACCUCACUUCCCUAGAGGCCAGCAUCUCCGACCUACAGAAAGAGAACCAGAAACUGAAGGAGGAAAAUCUUCUGCUGCAGCAGCGCUUGUCAAGUCUGGAGACGGAGUGUGAUUCUCUGCGUCGAUCAGCUGGCCGAGCCUCAAACCGAAAGACCACUACGGCUCUGUUUGCUCUCAUCUUCCUGUUCUCUCUCAACCUUGGACCCUUGUCGGGAAUCCUCUUGGGUGGAGAGUCAAAGCUGGACUCUCUCAAGGGGAUCCUGAGAGGGAGUGAUGAGCUGAAAGUCCCUCCCAGCUUCUCGCAGCGGUCUCUCCUGUGGUCAAGGGAUGACGCAGCCGAGGAUGGUGGAGCUUCGUCACAGCUAGGCACCAACACCUCGCACACCUGCCCCAUGUACAUCAAUGCCACGGAGAGUCUGAGGCUGGAAACUGAGCUCAGGGACUGGUUUGAACACAAGUUCCGACCUUCAAAGACAGACCGCAAGAAAGACGACAUCACGGCCGCUGCUGCUCCUGCUUCCCCAAAGACCAAGGAAGCGCGGAAGGGGCUGGCAGGGCACACAGGGGAGGCAGUCAAGGGGGUAACAUCAGGAAGAACCAGAGAAGCUAUCAGUGAGGUGUGGAAUGCCCUGGCCCCUCCCCACCCACCCCCAGCACACCUGUACCACUACAUCCACCCUGAGGCCCUGCACGUUGACCCUCCUGCCAGGCCCGAGGAGCAGCACGCUGUCCUAGCCUCGGCACCACGCCUGUCGUCCUUCCUUGAGGCAAUCCAGCGCCGUGAUGACACUUACUACGUGGUCUCCUUCUCCCCCGACCACCUCCUUGUCCCUGCCACAGCCCGUAAUGACUCGGCACGCCCCCGCAUGUCCCUCCUCAUGCCAACUCCACGGCCAAUCAACGAGUCCCUGGCUCCUCCCAGGGACCACGUGGCUCUCAUGCAGAUUGACUGUGAGGUGAUGCACACCCGCCUUGUACACGUGUCUGAGGAGUUCAUUCCUCCACACCUGCGUGCUGGUGGCAGCAACGCCUCACAUCCAACAUCACAAGCUCCUCCCGAGACCCCCCACCCUGCUCGUGGGGAUUCCAGGCGACGGUCAAAGUCAAGACCAUCACUGCCCACCCAGUAGCCAUGAAGGGCAUGAAGGUAAGGAACGAUUCUACCUGUGGCAGGGUUGGGGUAUUGGGCAAACAGGCAGCCAAGUCUAUAGGCCAGUUUGUCCUGAACUCUUGCACAGAAGAGGAUAUGCAAAUCAAUGCAGUAAUUUAGAAGGGUGCUGAGCAGGGAACUGGCUGGCUCCCCUGUAAAUACCAGAUGAAAGUUGGAAUGCAGCACGUGUUGAAAGAUAAUGCUUGUUCUCCGAGGCAUUUACUUGCCACCGGUGACAAUGUUAGGCUCAGGGCAACACGGAAUCAAAUGGAAGCCUCAGUCAGACAAAGCUUGAAAUAGCAGCUUUGACAGGUUGUAUGCUGACAGAUAUAUUCUAUUUAUUGUUGCAUACAAUAGAAUGUUGACUAAUUAAUUCCUAGGUCCUAUGACAGGACUAUAACAUUUUUCCUGUACAGUUAGUUAGAUAGGAGCUGCAGAAUAUAAUUUUUCCUGUUACUGUUGAACCAUUCCAAUGUCUUGGAAGUUUUUAAGUCUUCUUUACAUUUUAUUUAUGUUAUGGACUGGACCUACAAAUGUGUUCCUCUAUUGUGUGUGUGUGUGUAUGCAAAGUACAAGUUUGUGUACUGUAAAUGUGUGGGAUGUGUUUAAUGAAGGGAGGGAGAAUAUAUUGAGGCUGGUGUAAGUACAAGGGAGGGUGAUAUGUUGUAUUCCCAAGUUGUGGGAGUGUGCAGAGCUGUAGGGCAAAGCUACGAACCUGAUCAUGGGUUUUCUUAAGGUAAGAGAUGUCUUAAUACCUACACAUACAGGGUGCCCCCUAAGACUGCAGCAUUUAUCCAGACAAAUCAAAUAACAAGAAAUAUUUCUAUGCUAUGAAAGACAAGUGGUACAAAUUUCCCUGAGGAUUUAUUGUUUAGAGUUCAAUGCUUUUCUAAGAAAAUUGCUUGACAAAAAUCAAACACCUUUAUCAUCUUGAACCUUUCUGCCAGCACUUUUUGUAUUUCUAUAAAUAUCCUAAACAUUUCCACAACACAUUCAUGCUUCUCCCUAAAGUGGUUUUGUCGCUGUGCCGAAUUAUGCAUUUGUAUUGUGACGUAUGUCUGUAAAGAGAUACCACAUUAGGAAUCAUUGCAAAAGGGGCCAGACUACUUAUUCAGCUUUCAGGGUGAAGGUCGGUGUUGAAUGUCAGACCCAUUUUUCACUAAAAUGAAGUUUUGAGUGUACAAUUUUUAAUAUUAUUGCAGUCUUAAGUGGCAUCAACCAAGUCAAAUUAAUGGUGCAAAAUGUUAGUGAUUUGGUGCCAGAGAGCAAGAAAUGCAGCAGGGGUGCAGGUCCUGUACACUUUUGGGUGUGUUGCAUCAUCUAUCUACUUGAAAGUACAAGUUCCUGGUGAUGUCAUGUGCUUUUGACCUUCAAAAUACAGGACAACAAAGUGAAAACUAUCACACCUGCACUGAUUGUUAUUAAGUGCAUUUAUUUUUUAUUUAUAUAUGUCUUUUGCAGAAAGGUGCUGUGAUUGUCUUUGGAGGAGCAGGUUUAGCAAACAUUGGAAUACUGUUGGUUAAUAUUAAUGUUGGCUUGAAACUGAAUUGAUGAAGACACAACUUGAAUAACAUUGUUAUUUUCACCUGCAUAGGUAACGAUAUUUUAACAGUUUUCCCUCAAUCUUUUGUAUAUAUUAUUUAUUUUCUUCUACAAAUACCUUUCUAUAGUACACCAUAUAAGGCUGUGAUUGUUUAGUUUCCUUUUCUCAUGGGAACAUGAGAAAUGUUGACAUUUUAACAGAAUUUUAUUUGUUUUCUCAAAAGAGGUGGUUCCUGUCCUUCCUUAUAUCCCAACUGGAUAGUCCAAAGAAACUAAAGGGCAGGAGGUUGUUAAAGAGGGACACGCUGUCCUCUGUUAAGUACCUUAACUGUGUGUUGGUUCAGAGCAAAAAUCAAUGUUACUUUGACUGCAUGACACAAUUAUUACAUCUCAAUGCAUUAGAGAAGAGUUAAGACUUGUAAACUCCUUACCAACACCAUGUAGUGGCAAGUGAGUGAGCAGUAUGGUGCUGAGGAUACACACACUGGUUGUGCCCUAAGCUUUGCACCACUAGUAUUCACAGUCUUCAGUUCAGACCUUGCCAUAAACUCUGAAAAUUGCAAACUUGCCCAUCAAAAGCAGCAGCAGCAGCACACAAUUCUGCGGGGAAUGUGUUGAAUUACAGCAAGAGACACCAUGAUAUGGGACUUCAAAUUCAUGAGUGUGAUAGCAUCUACCUGUCUGGCAACAUCAGUAGUCACAAGUAAUUUCUGACUAAUUAGUUGACAGCUGGCUUGGUUCAGAACAAGGACGCUCUCAUUUGUAUCCUUCCCUUCAAGUAAGGGAAUGCCCGUAAACAACCAUUCCCUUACAUGGAGGGCUAGGUACAAAGACAAGGUCAAACAAGAGCAGCUUUGCUCUGAACCAAGCCAGCUGUCAAGUAACUCUGCAGGAAGUUCUUGCAGCUACUAUCACAUCAGCUUAAUAUACAGAGUUUCUGGAAAGGAUGGCUGCCCAUGACUGAAAAUAAACUUCUUAGCUACAAACUAAUUCCUCAUGCAUGUAACUUGUCUUUGAAGAACUACCGGGCACUAGUUUCCAUGUCUGACCACCUUUGACCGUGGUGUCUGUCUGGCACAUUUUUUUGCUAUGAACUGUAACUUUUUUGUACAAUUAAAAAGGAAUUUAUUUAGGUUAUAUUUUGCAGUGUGUGUGUGUGUGUGUGUGUUUGUAUGCACAUAAUGCAUACAUCUAGUUACUAAGAAUGAUAAAGUGACUAUUUGACUGUCUAGUUUGGAAAUGUUAUGUUUAUGAUUUAACAAGUUGUAUGAAAAAAAUCUUAACAACUUCAGUGGUGAAAGGAGGAGCUACAGCUUUUGCACUUUUGUAAUUUAAUUAUCUGAAAAUAGAUAGUGUAAUAAUAAAAAUACCUUAAUGAA